AUGCUCGUGCCCUCUUCUCGUUAUUUCCACGUUAUUUGCCCCCUUUCCAUCGCCCCGCAGCACCCACCUCAUUACAUCUCUCGAGAUUACAUCUCUCGAGACCACACCUCUUGGGAUCAUAUUUCUCGAGAUUACAUCUCUCGGGACCUCACCUCUCGGGAUCACAUCUCUCGAGAUCACAUCUCUCGGGAUCAUAUCUCUCGAGAUUACAUCUCUCGGGAUCAUAUCUCUCGAGAUUACAUCUCUCGGGACCACACCUCUUGGGAUCAUAUUUCUCGAGAUUACAUCUCUCGAGACCACACCUCUCGGGAUCACAUCUCUCGAGAUCACAUCUCUCAUGAUCACAUCUCUCAGGAUCAUAUCUCUCGAGAUUACAUCUCUCGGGAUCACAUCUCUCGGGAUCACAUCUCUCGAGAUCAUAUCUCUCUAGAUUACAUCUCUCGGGAUGAUAUCUCUCGGGACCACACCUCUCGGGAUCAUAUCUCUCAAGAUUACAUCUCUUGGGAUCACAUCUCUCAAGAUCAUAUCUCUCUAGAUUACAUCUCUCGGGAUCAUAUCUCACGAGAUUACAUCUCUCGGGAUCAUAUCUCUUGGGAUCAUAUCUCUCGGGAUCAAAUAGUCAGUGUAAUUGGUUUAUUUUAA